AAGACACACGUCAACAUCACCUUGACUCCAGACGUCCUGAAAGUUAUAACGCGCUGUGCUUCCCAAGUCCGCGGGGAACUCAAGACCAAGAUGCGAGCGAUUGUCGGGCCCUUCUAUGGAUUCCAAACGGGCGAGCGCUCGAAGACAAUCAAGUUCAACCGCGACCUUGCCGACAAACUGAAAGAGGAGUAUCUCUUUGUGUACCAGGACAUUGAGAAGCGACGAGGCUUGUACAAGACCGAGCUACUUCAGCUCGCCAUCAAUGUCAUGUGGUUUGCGAAGUCCACUGACGAAGGUGUCGUCUACUAUGAAUACUUCCACCCAAUCCCGAAGAUUACCAUGGCAUUGAUUCUUACCGUGGUA